AUGGACAGAUUAAUUCAAAUUAAUAAUACAUUAUUUAUUGAUUUAAAUAAUAAUAACGAAAAGAUUGAUGGAAGAGAAAAAUUUAAUUUGUUUGAUAUAAAUGAGGAUGAAUACAUUUUAAAUAAGGAUGGUAAUAAUAUAGAAAUAGAAUAUAAAUUUGAAAUAAAAAGAUGUGUGAAUAUUUUUGUUAAUUUAUUAAAAGAUCAAAAUGUAGAAUAUGACAUUUAUAAAAAAAUGUUGGAUAGUAAUAUAAACAUAAUUAAAAUGAUACAAGCUAUUAAUAAUUACGGAUUAAAAACAGAAGAGUUUCAUUCUACAAGAUUAAUGAUGAUAAUAUAUUUAAAGAAUUAUGUAUAUGAAUUUAUAAAUACAUAUUUGAAAGAUAUUAUAAGCACUUAUGAAAAGAAUAAAUAUAAAAAGGAAAUAAAUAAUUUUAAUAAUUUAAUAUAUACUAAAAAUGAUAAGAUUGUUGAAAAGGAAGAUAAUGGUUUUUAUUCAAAUGAACCACGACAUGUACUAAAUAAAAAUGAAGAAAACAAAAAUAUUAUGACGAGUACACAAUGUGUAGAAAAUAGUUUUUCAUUUAUUAGUUUUUUAAGAAAAGGCAUUUUUGAUUAUUCCUCCUUAAUAGAAAAUAUAGAGAAUAAAUCAAAAAGUAUUACCAUAGAAGAAUGGAUAUAUUUAAAAGAGAGGAUUUUCUCUUUAAUAAAAAAUGCUUGUGUCAUGAACACAAAUUUAAGUAAUAAUAUAAAUGAGAGGCCUAUGAAUUUUUUUGAGGAAAUUAAUAAGAAUAUGUAUAAAUCAUAUAAGAAAUAUAAUAGUAUAAUUGAGAUGAAGAAUUUUAAUGAAUGCUUAUAUUUUAUUGAUAUAUUUUUUAAUAUACUUUUAGUUGAUUAUCCCUAUAAAUGGGAUAAUUUAUUAGAAGACCUUUUUAAUAACUUUAAUUUUAUUUCUAUAAUUAAGCUGGAUGAUUUUUCGAAUAUUCUAAAUAAGGAUUAUAAUACAACAAUUAAUUAUGUUAUGAAAAUAAUUAAUAAUAUGAAUAUAUCAAAUAGUGAAAUACAAUAUAUGGAAAAUGAAGAAAAGUGUAAUAUGUAUAAAAUGGUGAUACAUUAUUCAAAGUUUUACUUGUUAAUGUUAUUAAUAAAUAAAAUUUUGAAAAAGUAUAUACCUGCAACUAGCGAAUUAGAUUCUUAUUCUAAUAUAUAUUAUACUUAUUUUAGUUCAAAUAUUAAUACUAGUAAUAAAAAUUUGUUAGAAAAAGAAAAUGAUUUUCAUAUGUUGAAUAUACCUUGUGAAAAUUUAUUAGUUGGAUAUAAAGAUAUAAUAAAAUUAUAUUUUGCAUUUUUCAAUAGAUUUUUAUAUUAUUUAUUACACCAAGAAAGGAAUAUAUAUAUUAUAUUUAUCAUACAGAUGAUUGUAAAAUGUAUAUACAAAUUAUUAUUAUGUGACUUGUGUAUAUUAUCAGAGGAGGUUAUAAAUGAGCAUGAACUUUUAUUUAUAAAUAUAAUGAAAGUUUUAGAAAUCAAUUUAUCUGAAUAUGUGAAUAAAAUAUAUUUUAUGAAUAUCGAAAAAUCAUCUAAUGGAGAAUCCAUAUCUGUUUCUAAAAUUUUUGAAGAACAUUCUUAUGAAAAUAUAAAUGAAGUAAUGAAUAAUGAUGAGGAUAAUAAUAUAGACAGAUUAUUUUUAAAGAUAUUAUUGAAGAGUAAGAAAUGGUGUUUGAAAAUUUUGAAUAUAUUUUUAUAUAGAUCAAUUCAUUUUGAUGAAAUGAAUGACACUUGGAAAAUAUUUCUUAAGCAUUUUGAGGAUAAGUAUAUAAUAUUUCUAGAAAAAAUAACCCUUUUGAUAUUAAAAAUAAUGAUGAAUACUACAUAUUCUGAUGAUGAAAGAAAUAAUAUUAAUGGAUUAUUUAGUUAUAUAAAAUAUGUAAUCAAUUAUACGGAUUAUAUAAAAUAUGCUGAUAAAUCAUUAUCCCUGGCUUUGAAUUAUGUCUGCAUGAUUAUAUCUUUGGAUCAUUUAAAAGACUUUAUAUAUCAAAAUGUUUUGAGCAGUAUAUUUCUGAAUUGUUUAUUUAUCCACAUUGAUAAUAUCACGCACAUAGAAUGCAUCGACAACUUCCAGGUAAAUGAAACAAGGCAGAAAGAAGAGAACAAAGUGUGUGAUAAUUUAAAAUUUGAGAAAUACAUUAUAUGUUUUGAAAAACAUCCCAUAUUUCGAAACUACUUAUUAAGCUGCUAUGAUGAUAGUAGCUGCAAGAGCAUCCUGAAGAAAUAUAUUAACUAUAUAAUAUAUUUAUUUUGUGAACUGUUAUGUAAGUACUUUUACGAUAUAAUAUUUUACUUAGAUGAACAGAUCGAAGAGAAUUUAAAAUUAUAUUUAUUAUAUCAAAAUGUAUAUAUGAAUGUAUUAUAUCCUGAAAUGUAUAUAAAAAAAGAUAUGAAUUUUUUGGAUAAUGAACAAAUAAGUAUCAACACUUAUAAAAAAAGUAACUUAUUUUUUAAUGCUGAAAUAAGUAUAAAUACAGGUAAUCACAAUAUAUAUAUAAAUAACAUUAUUGAUUAUAUAUCUGAGAUAAUAAGAAAUCAUAUGAAGGAAAAUAAGAUAGAUUAUAAUUUCGAUUUUUCCAAUUUUCAUUUAUUAAACAACGAUACAUUUAAUAAUAUGAUAUAUAUUAUAAAGAAUUUGCCUUUGUACAAAUAUACGGAGGAAGAUUUAAUAUUCAAAGAUGUAUAUAGUAUAAAAAAUGAGCAUAAUUUAAAUUAUAGUUUUAUAAUAAUGAAUGAUAUAAAUUUGUACAAGUAUUUUUCUCUCUAUAUGUUUUUAAUAUAUUAUAAAUAUAGAUAUGUGAGGGGAACAUUGAAAAACAUAAUUACAAAAAUGAAUGACGAAUAUUUGUUUUUGACAUUGGAACAUGUAAGUGAUGAUGAUAAUAGGGACACGUGUAAUAAAGAAGGUAAGAAGGAUAAUAAUUCAAAUAAAUAUUAUAAUGAUGAUAAAAAUGGUGGCACAUAUUGUAAUAGUAAUUAUUUCGAUUUUGAUUUUGGAAAAAACACAGAAAAUAAUUUGUCUAUGGAAGAUCUUAUACAAGAAUAUUUUAUACAUAAGGAAAGAUAUAAAGAUGCCUUUUGUAAGGAUAACAAUGAUAUGGAAAAAUUUGAAUAUAUUUUAGAUAAUUUAAAAAAUAAGGAUAAAAAUUUUUUUCUGAAGUAUAUGAUGGUAAACAUUUUACAUCCAUAUUCAAAUAAUUUGAAAAGAAAAUUAAUGUGGAUGAUAAAAGAAUAUAUCCAUGUAGCAACUUUUAAUGAUAAUGUGAUACAGUUUUUCUUUUAUAGUUGUUUUAUAAAUUUAUUUUAUUUUGAGAAGCAUAUAAAGUUAAAUUCAUUUGAAACAUUGAUUCAUUUGAUGUAUAUAUAUGGUAUUCCUAGUAAAAUAUUAUAUAAUGAUUUUCGAGAGGUUUUGAUAUUUUUAUUUUUCCAAUUAUUAAUAUUGUUUAUAAAAAAGGAAUCGGAUAGUAUUGACAGCUUGGUAUAUGAAGAUAAUAGAUCUGUUAUUUUAUUUUCUAAUUAUGAAAAGAUGAAUUUGUUGAGAUUAUUGAAGGGUAUCAUGGUAAAAGAAGUGGUAGAUAAUGGCGAGAGAAAUGAUGAAAAUAAUGAUAAUAAUAAUAAACAUAAUAAACAUAAUAAUGAUAACAAUAUUAAUCAUUGUGUUUUUAAUAAUUUCUUGGAAUUCCUGUACAAUAAAAAUAACUGCUUUAGCGAUAAUUUCAUUAAUGAUGUUAUAUGUAAGAAUUUUUAUUUUUAUUUUUAUUUGGAAAAGUUAGAAGAGAAUAAUUUGAAUCGCUUUUUGAAAUUUAUCUCUUUAUUUUAUCAAAACGAAAUAAACAAUAACAUUUUUUUAUUCAUCAAUUUGUUAAAUGAGUCGUUGUUAGAUAUUAUUGAUAUAAGAAUUCCAGGAAAGGAUGAGGAGUAUAAUUUUUUAAGAAUAUUGAAAUUUUUUUCUUUUUUUUUGGAACAUUAUAAAAAUACCUGUAGUACUCAAGACGUGUUGAUUGUAAAAAUAUUGCAGAAUGAAAAUUUUAUUAUAUAUUUCAAGAGUAUUAUUUUAAAUAUAAUAAAAAAAAAUUCGAAAAAAAAAAGUAAGGGGAUGUUAAUAGGAAAAGAAAAGCAUUGUUAUAUAUUACAUGAUGAAAUAUUAAAUCAGAUAUAUUAUAUAUUAUAUAUAUUUACAAAAAAAUCAUUAUUUAAUUAUAAAAUAUUUUGGUUCUAUUUUAAAUAUGCUGUUGCAUGUAUAUCUAACGAUUUAAACUUCUUCCGUAUAGAAGAGUAUAUGAACAUAGAAGAGAAGUUAUAUAAUAUGCCAAUAUAUAUUUUUCAAUUUUUCAAUAAUUUGAUAAGGAGGGAUAUUUUAUAUGUUUUUGUUUCUUUAGGAAUUCAUGAACCAUUUGAAUCGAAUGAUUUUCCGCUAUCGUUAAUUGAAAUAUUACGAAAGGUAAGUUUAUUAUAUUUAGUGGUAUCUGAUGAGAAUAUGAAUGAACAAACCUUUUGUUAUAACAGCAUAGUCGAGAUAAAUGGAUUAUAUUUAUAUAACAAUAUAUUAUCUUAUCUUGUCAUGUUAUUGAUAGGGCAUAAUAUAUUUUUUACUUAUCCCUUGUGGUUUGAAUUAAAUAGAUCUUAUGAAAUAAUACAAGAGGGAAAUGUCUUAAGAGACCUAGACGAGUGUGUAUCAAAUAAUUCAUUUAAGAAAUAUGGCCAUGCUAUGGAAGGGAAUGAUGUUGGUAGUAAAAUGUGUUUAGUAAAUGAUGGUUUGGGGGAAGCAUCAAAGGAAUUUGGAUUUUAUGAUAUUAAAAUGGUGGAGGGGGGUGAGAAAAAAAAGUUGAGAGAUGUGGAGUAUGUCAAUGAUAUGGAUGAGAAGAAAAAUGUGGAGUAUACUCUACCAAAUGAGAGAAAUGAAUUGAAGGGUAAUCCAAACGAAUCAUGCAAAAGUCGUGGACAUUCGGAUGUAUGUGAAGAGAUAUUAUUUUAUAGAGAGAUGAAGACUUAUUUUAUCGAAAGGAAGAAGAGUGGAUAUGAUAUCAAAGGUGAGAAGAGAAAUAAUGAAAUAGGUGUUGGUAUUGAUGAUGUAAAUAAGAGUACAUUGGAUAGUGAUGAUGAUAUAUAUGAUAAUACAAAUGAGAACAGGAAUUAUAAUAUUAAAAAUAAUAUGUUUAAUAAUAAUGAUGUAAAUAUAAAUAAUAAGGAAAUGGAAUUAUUAAAUAAUAUUGAGGAUACAAAAAUUGCUGAAUUAAUGAAUACGCUAUAUUUCAAUAUAUUUUUAUUGAAAGAUAAAAAGGAGGAACAUAUUAGAAAAUUAUUAAAAAUUUUGAAAUAUGUAAAUGAUAAUUUUUUAUUUUAUAAUUGUCAGAAUGAAUAUCAGAUAUAUACGAUGAAUCUUAUGAUUCAGAAAAAGAGGUAUAUAUAUCAGUCCUUUUCUAUGUAUGUAUUUUUGGAUAUACAAUAUUUUUUUGAUAUUUUGGUGAAGAGUAAUCUUUUUGAUAGGGUGAUAGAUGAUUGGAUAAAUGACAUAUUUUAUAUAUAUCAGAAUUCGGAUGAUUUAAAAUAUUUCAUAUUGGCCUUUUCAAAUAUGUUGAUAUAUCUUUGUUUAUAUGAAAGUAUAAAGAAAAAAAGGGACGAGAAAAAUAAUAAAUUUGGUGAGAAUAAUAUGAACGAAAAUAUAUGUACAAAGGAGGAGAAGGAUUCCAUGGAGGUGUGGAACGAGAUGGAAGAUGAGUAUUUGCUUCCAUUUUUUUUUUUCUUAAAGAAUAAAAGGAAUGGCAUAAAUAGUGAUUAUAUAAAUGGUGACUAUAUAAAAGGCGAUAAUAUAAAUAAUAGUAGUAAUAAAUUAUUUGAGGAGAUAUUGAAAAAGGACAUGAUACGCUUUGAUAAUAUAAAUGAAUAUGCUACAAACAAAUUGAGAGAGAAGAUAAGCAAAAUUAUUAAUGCUUUAGUAAAUAUUGUUUUGAUAUUACCUAUACCUUACGAGGAAGAGAUGAAAGUAUUUAAUAAAAAUUUAUUGAGAAGGUUAGCUCCGAUAUGUGGAGAAAGAGAAAAUAUAAAAGAUAAUAAUUUGCUUAAGCUUAACAGUUCUAAUAGUAAUAUAAUUAAUGGGAAUAAAUCUGCUUUGAAUAAUAUACAGUUUGAUGAUUUAAUUCAAAAUAUAUUAUUUAUGCAUUUAAAUAAUUACGAGCAAAAAUUUUAUGAGCGAAAUAAUAAAGAAGAGAAACAAAUGAACAAGUCCUAUUAUUACAACGUAGUACAUAUAAAUAAAUUUGAUGAAUUAAAACUUCAUGGGAAAAAGGUUUCUAUACAUUAUUAUUUUCAGAAUAAAUCGAAUGAAGAAUUUAUAGAUAAGUUAACAUCUGAAUGUAAUUGUAAUUAUUUUAAAAUAUCGUUUUAUUUGAAAAAAGCAUUUUCUUUGUUAACUCAAGAAGGUUUUACAAAUGAUGAUUUGAUUAAUAUUAUCGGUUGUUCCGAUAAGUAUUAUAAUUUUAUAAAUAUAAUAAGUAUGGAUAUAUAA